UCCUGAAUGAACUCAACUCGUUCAUAUUGUUCAUAGCAUUAAACUUGUUGACCGAUUUGUUUUGUUUUAAGAACUUUUAAAUUAUCGAGACAGCAUUAAGCAGCAAUCGUGUAUAAUUACAAUAUUUAACAUGAUUAAGUAAUAUUUUUAUUUCGAAGAAAUUACGUUUAUUGGUUACUUUGACCUUAUCUUUUAAAGCCAACUAACCAUCGAUAACAUGGAGGCUAUGGAUGCUGGAGAUGCAGAAAAUUUGAGUAUAAAUUUUGGAGAUGAUGUUGGUGAUGAAUUGAAGUUGGAAGAUGUAGAGUACGAUACAAGAAGUGAAGUGACUUCAUCUUCAAGUGGAAGCGAGUCAUCCCAGCCCAGCAUCAGUUCAGUCAGCACCAGUUCAUCAUUGGACCACAAAAGAAGACACAAACGCAGUCAUUCAAGAGAGAAAAAAAGCCCUUCAGUUGAGCCAAAGCGUCCAAAGUCUCGAGAAAAGUCAUCUAAAUCUUAUGAUUAUUUUACCAAACUAAAUUAUCUGUUUCGGGAUGCUCGCUUCUUUGUCAUUAAAAGUAACAAUGCUGAAAAUGUGGCACUGUCAAAAGCAAAGGGAGUGUGGUCAACAUUGCCUCAAAAUGAAACCAAGUUGAAUACAGCUUUCAAAGAGUCUAGAAAUGUACUGCUCAUAUUUUCAGUCAAAGAGAGUGGUAAAUUUGCAGGGUUUGCAAGACUUUGCAGUGAGUCUAGGAGAGAUGUGGCUCCCAUAUCAUGGGUUCUUCCUCCUGGUUUGUCUGCUAAAGCACUUGGAGGUGUUUUCAAAGUUGAUUGGAUCUGUAGAAAAGAAUUGCCUUUCAACUCUACAAUGCACCUUUACAACCCUUGGAAUGAAGGGAAACCUGUUAAGAUUGGCCGAGAUGGGCAAGAGAUUGAACCGAGAGUAGCAGAAGAGUUGUGUAGACUGUUUCCUGAAGAUGAAGGCAUAGAACUCACUCCUAUUCUACGCAAGUCCAAAGAAGCAGCGAAGAAUGUUCGUCCACGUAGUUCAAGGUACAGACGUGAAGGUUACGGUAGAUCGAGUCCACGCUUCUCCUCUAGAUCCGCACCUUACCCCAGCUGGAGAGGGAGGGGUAACUCUUUCAGUAGAGGUCCUCGAGGGAAAUUCUUUUCUAGUGGUAGAAGCCGUGUGAGUAGCAGCGGAGCUGUCUAUAAAGGUUCAUCACCUCGCCAUCGUGAUAGAUUAUCAUUAUGGUUUAGUGGUUCAAGAGAUGAAAGAGGAAGAUCAUAUGGAGGAGUAGCUGCUGCAGCUGAGGCGUAUGUGGCUGAUUAUAUGAGAAGUCUUCAUCAACUACACCCGAUGACUUAUGCUGCUCCACCCGGAGUAUUCUCGUCAUCGUCGUCGUAUGACGGUAUACCUCCUCCCCCUCGCUACUAUGAUGGGCUCCCUCUGCCUCCUGAGUAUCCAGCCUCUUCAAGAAGCAACGGAUAUUCUGACAAACGCUCUUACGACCGCUCCGUCGAUGAGUUCCUUUGGCGAACCAGUGAACGUCCAAGAGAUCGAGACAGAGAUAGUCACCGCUACCGUGAUCGUCGAUAAAGAAGACGGUUUUUUAUGACUUGCUUCUAGAUGCACCAUAAGCUGUUAUUUUACCAUUGAAUUUGAAAUCUGUGUUUUAACUCCAUUCCAUAGAUAUAAUUUUUAAAUCUGAUUGGUGCAGUAUUAUUGGCUUUGAACAGAUUUUUUAGCGUAGUAUUCUAGUUGAGCAGUGAAGCUACAUAUUUUGUAUAUUACAAUUUGCAAGGAACUAAUUGGUUUUCUUUUUAUGUUCUUAGUGAAAAUAUAUGUUGAUUUACAAUAUUGAAAGGACUUAAUUAAAUGCAAAAUCUGUGUUAUCUACAUAAUAUGCACAAUGGACAAUAUCCCAAUCCCUGUGUGUGUGUUUGUGCAGGACUUAGUUUACCCUGUCAGUUCCUCUUAUGGACAAUUCUGUCUGGUUAAAAUUAGGCCAGGUGAUCUCUAAUGGUUGUUCACGGACUGUGAUAUUAAUUGUUAUUUUAUAAUUAUCUUACAUUUUUAAAUGUAAUCAUAGACUGAAACUUGCAUUGAUGCAAACUUGCUAUAUAAAUUAUUUACGGGUAUAUAAAAACUUAAUAUUAAAACAGUGAAUUAUAUAAAAAGUGAUCUCAGUGGACAGAUCUCUGCAAGUAUUUUUAUAUCUAUAGAAGUGAUUUUUUUUUCUAUUUUAAAGUAUGUAUAUUAGCGUAUGUAUAUAUUUUUAUAUUUAUAAUGAUGUAUAUAAUUGGAAAUCCUUUAGAAUUUUUCUUUUUUUCAUAUAAGUUUGCCAGUUGAGAAUUCAUUAUGAUAUGUAGGCGUGUUGACAUUUUUGCUAAGUUACUCCGUUUUGAUUAUGUUUUUAAUGCCAUUUUUAACAAUUUACCAAACAUAAUUCUUUUCAAAUUUGAUUUAAAAAAUAAAGAAGUUAUUUAUAGAUAACUGAAA